GAUUGAGAUCCAAUAACGAUCUGAUCCAAUUAAUAAUAUCGUGUCUUACCCCAAGCCAUUCUCACCAGCAGAGAGUGGCAGCUAACCGCCAUGGUACUCGUCGGCAUCGUCGGCACCGUUUUGCGGCUGCCAACACACCGAAGGUUGGUUGAUAUCAAUUGGUGGGAAAUGGUGGAAGCAGGAUUAACUGUAAUGCGCGAGUAGAUCAACAAAUCUUGUGUGUAAGUGGCAUAUUUAACUGCCAAAGCAUGAUGAAAUGUUUGUGCCACUCUCAGUUGACAACCCUGUAAAACAGAAAGGGAAGAAUUGAUUUGAAAACGCUGAAAACAGUAUUCACCAUUUCUCUGAUCAGCAACAGGCCAUUUCUCUUCAAGAAGAAGGCAGCCCGCUAUGGUGGCAUGCUUCCUCCGCCGAGCUACUAGUCUUCUCUGCCCGAAAAACACUCGUUUCCUCUCUCAGACCCCCUUUAUCCCCUCAAAACCCCGGAAGUUCGAACGCUCCAAUCCACCAUUUCACUCUCCUCCCAUUCCCACAAUCUCUCCGUCGACGACUAGCCUAUCCCCUUUACUCCCCAACAGCGGCAUCGAUUCCCGAGAUCUCUGCAUCGAGCUAGUGGAUCCCGAUCUUUGGAGCGUCUCCUACAGCGUUGCCGAGUUCUCUAGAGAAGCUUCCAAUCGAGAAAGAACGGGACUUGAUGGGAGUUGCCCUCUGGAAGAGCGAAAAGAUCCUGACUUCGACGAAAUCGAUGACAUGCGUCUCCGUGGCAGCCUCUUCUACAAGCUCGACCGUGACUCUCGCGAGUUCGAGGAGUACCGUUUGGAGUUUCACCGCAGAAACAAAGGAAAGAGAAGAAAGGAGAAGGCCAUUGAUCUCCAAAUAGGAGAAAGAAGGGAGUUGCUGGAAAAGCCCGAAGUGGGGACUCACGAUGAGGCACCAUUGGAAGAAAUGGUGGUGAAGAAACAGAGAAAGCCGACGUACAAUCAAUUGACAGACCCUUACAUGGAGCCGUUUUGCUUGGAUAUCUUCAUUUCGAAGAGUUCCGUCCGCGCUUGCGUCGUUCACAGAGUGACAAGCAAGGUGGUCGUCGUUGCACACUCGAUUUCUAAGGAUAUGAAGCGUGAUUUGGCCUCUACGAGAGACUCCAACGCCUGCAUUGCAGUGGGAGCUGUUCUGGCUCAGCGAGCCAUUGCUGAUGAUAUUCAUAAUGUGGUGUAUACGCCGAGGAAGGGGGAGAAGUUGGAAGGGAAGCUUCAGAUUGUGCUCCAAUCUGUUAUAGAUCAUGGCGUCAGUGUGAAGGUGAAGAUCAAGCAAUCACGGCCAAAGAAAGCGAAUUCAUUUUCUCUUGCGAGCCGGGGCAAAUGAAAUUUUUGCAACUUCUCUUCCGGGCAAUCAAAUUUUCAGCAAUCAACUUUACUUGCAAGACAUGUAUCUUGUGUAUGCUUGAAAAUAUGAAAUACACUGUCUCUAAGCGUUGUUCAUA